AGAACCAGAGAUACAGGAACUGGGUAAGGGCAGGAUUAGCACUACAUAAAUUUAAGAAGGCAUUGAAUGAGAUUUACGACGAAGCCGUAGCAAUGCAGCAUAAAGAACUGAUUGAUAAAGUCAAAGAGAAGAAAGGUUUAUCAAUUUUGUCAUGCAACAAAUGCAACUUGAAAACCUUGAUGCCAGACCAUGUCCAAACCGAGCACAAACGUGUCCACUUGGGUAUUUGAACUGCAAUUUUCUAAACCCUGUUGAAAUGUUGGCUUGUCCAAACAACAUAUGCGGUGCCCUGUAUGACGACAUCAUAGGAUUAUAUAAAGCCACUCCUCUAACACCCUUUUGGGAAAACACAAAUGUGCAGACGUGGUGCACAGAUCCAUGGUCCGUUGCUAAAUGUUUUAUCAGCAACAGUGGAUAUGCAACGAAGACAAAAGCAGCUGAGUUUGACAUCAAAGAAUUAUUUCUCCUGAUGAAAAACAAUAAGGAACUCCUUAGAAAUUUGAAAGGAGAUAUACAUUCCCCCCGCACAUUAUCACAGGGGUGUCACCACAGAGACAGUUUAUAUUACUCAAAAGAAAUGGAGCUGGACUCGAGAACAGACAGUUUAUACAGACGUGCAUUCGUAUAUUCCAUAAAACAUUUGAGGAUAGAUAGGUGUCCAGUAUCAGAGCUCGUGGAAAAUGACUAUAUCAUAACAUCGAAAGAUGAAGCUUUAGUUCAUGCUGAUGUUAUUGCUGCACUCAGUGAGGAAGCAAAGUGUCUGGAGCAAAAGAUAACUUCGUGCCAGGAAACUAACCUAAGUGCAAAAGGAAUUAGAGAUGAAGAAGUUCACGUAACAAAGAGAAGAGUUGAUUCCAUAUCAAAGGAAUCCUUACCGGCCGUACUGUUGCCGCCAGAGUCCAAAGUAGAACGACUAGAGCCGGGUAUAUCUGGACAAGAAGUGCCAGCGAAAGAAAGGAGACUUGAAUCGAUAACAUACAGACGUACGAGUUCAGCCGAUAUAUUAGAUAUAGAUGCUAUACAUACAGAGUUUGAAGAAAGACAAGAGGCAACUAAGCAUUAUUUAUUUAUGGACUACAGACAACUUGAGGAGAUCAAGCCACUUAUUUCAGUUCACAGAGACAAAAUGGCUUACAUUGAUAGCAAAAUAGAUGUACAGAAGAGGUUAGUGAAACUUUACCAUGACCAAGUUGUUAAAGUACCUGCAUUGCCUAUACAACCAGAGCAGAAUCAAAAGAAUGUCGACGAUGUGUAUGUCGAUCCCAGGAUGACUGUCUUAGACGAAGACGAUCCGAACAGAAGGGUCAGUGAAAUGAGAGAGAAAGAAAUCUCGUCAUUUUUUGACGUUUUCAAGGAAAGAGGUAACCCGAUAAAGAAUGUCUAUGUUUUUGGCGAAGCGGGCAUAGGAAAAAGUAUAUUUUGUAAAAGCAUGGUACAAAAAUGGUGUAAAGUACAUAUGGAAAGUGAUAUGGGUGGAUGA